GAAAGAGGGAGGAGAACCAGGGAGGAGGAGGAGGAGAGAAGAAAGGAGGAAAAGAGGGAAGCUUUUCCCUCAGAAGGAAUCGUGCCGGCUCACCGUUUUCUCGUCCACCUCCUCUCCUGGCUUCGGGGGGUUUCGGUCCUCCUCCGGCGCGGUUCGGGGAAGUUUCGGCUCGGCGCGGACGUGUUUGAGGUGAACAUGGAGCGAGGCUGAGAGGAGAAACCCCGCACGUUCACCGGGCAGCGGCUGCAUUGUCCUUUUGAAGACGUGUGUGGCAUGACACCACCCGGCAAGCCUCCUUCGUCAUCGCCACGUCUUCCUCCUCCUCCUCAUUAUUCACCUUCCUCCACCACCCUCCGUUUCGGAAAACCUACACUGCGCUGGCUGCAUUGAUGAGGUAACACGGGGUUUGACCAAGCGCCCAUCUGCACCGACUACCCCGCCCCGUCCCCCCUUAUCCCAGCCCCCCCCCCCCACUUCCCCUGCACCUCCGCCCGCACCACAGCCAUGGGCCAGAAGAUCUCCGGGGGUAUCAAAUCUGUGGACGGUCGCGGGGAGAACGCCGGCUCCCCGUCCUAUCGGCCGUCAGCGCACCACCGGCGCCAUCCGGAGCUGAGGGGCCCGGAUUUCUCCAAGCCGCCCCGGUUGGACCUCCUGCUGGACAUGCCAUGCGCCGGCCUGGAAACUCAGCUCCGCCACACGUGGAACCCUGAGGAUCGCUCCCUCAACGUCUUCAUCAAAGAGGAGGACAAGCUGACGUUCCAUCGCCACCCGGUGGCCCAGAGCACGGACUGCAUCCGCGGGCGGGUCGGCUACACCCGGGGCCUCCACGUCUGGAAGAUCCACUGGCCUGCCCGGCAGCGGGGCACCCAUGCGGUGGUGGGCGUGGCCACCUCCGAGGCGCCGCUGCACUCGGUGGGGUACACGGCACUGGUGGGGUCGGACUGCGAGUCGUGGGGUUGGGAUCUGGGGCGGAACCGGCUGUACCAUGACAGCAAGAACCGAGCCCACAGCUCGCUCCCCACCUACCCGUGUUUCCUGGAGCCGGAGGAGGCCUUCUCCCUGCCGGAUUCCCUGCUGGUGGUUCUGGACAUGGACGACGGCACGCUGAGCUUCAUGGUGGACGGACAGUACCUGGGCGUUGCCUUCAGAGGGCUAAAGGGCAAGAAGCUGUAUCCCAUCGUCAGCGCGGUGUGGGGACACUGUGAGAUCACCAUGAAAUACAUCAAUGGGCUCGAUCCGGAGCCUCUUCCUCUGAUGGACUUGUGUCGGCGCGCGGCCCGCCUGGCGUUGGGACGGGAUCGGCUCCAGGAGAUCGAGAGCCUUCCUCUGCCUCAGUCCCUCAAAAAUUACCUCCAGUACCAGUGACUAUAUCGCAGGGCCCUGAGACCAUACCACGUGCAGUACCGACGGUGACCACGGGGGACAAAAACGAUCAGACCGCCGUGAAGUAACGAAUGGACGGAUGGAUGAUGGAAGAAUUGAGGAGGAGGAAGGAGGAGGAAGGAGGCGAUAGAUGUCAAACGGACAUCGGCGAGCGUGAUGUCUACGAUCCAGCACUACAGCCCAUCUCUGGACAGAUGGACUGAGUGAUUGGUGGCUCCAGGUUUCUAAAUGAAGGAUGGAACGGUUACUUGAUUAUUAUAAUUUGUUUUCUAAUUUGAUAGUUGUGUUUUUUUUUCGGACUUUGACUAAAUUCCUGUUUAUGAGCGAGAACGAGAACCCAUCUUCCUUAAAGCGAAAGGCGUGCCGAGUGGUGGAACGGGUGAUUUGGCGGUAGCGAUAGAAGACUACCUCCACCUGCUGGUCGGAAUGAGAACUGCAUCGAGAAAGCACACUAAUUGAAUCCCUGAGGCCUUGAGACGUCAGUGACCAUAUACCGUUGCCGCUGGACAUUGUGUUUGCGCCAGGUGACAGGCGUAUUUCCGGGCCUCUAAAGCCCUUUCCGUGCAAGGCCAGGAUUUAAAAAAAAAAAACAGAACCAAAACAUUUCAGCGUCCAUGUCAUCCAGUUGAUUUAAGGUCCAAAUCAAACCUCAUACUGUAUACUGAAAGACAUGACCAGUUUUUUUUUGUUUUUUUGUUUUUUGUUUUCUGGUUUACACUGAUCGCGAAAUGGCUGCAAAAUGUAUGCAGAUUCUCUUGGUUGACAAAUCCAUGCCAGGCCGUCUUUCUUUUUCAUGGAUUACGAGACGAAUGCUCGACAGACGUGAGCGCAAAACGCCGCUUACUGUCGAAACUUGACUGUUUAGUUGCACUGAGGUCGGUCCCGCACAGUACUAAGAACCGUGUGUGCUGGUGCACGGGCGAGUAUUGUGCGUCGGGCUGCAGGGACAGACGUGUAAGGGGUGUUGGGAAGGAGGCGCCACACAGAAAUAUAUGAUUUUGUUUGUUUUCCUGCGUUAGCACCGGUACAGCUCGUGCUAACAUGGUGCCGGCGGGGCCCGGCUCGGGUGGAGGGGGGGGUGUGGGGCCUCCAUUGUUGUGGCGGCGCCCAACCGUGGCUCUGCCGCUACCAAACAGCACCCGUGUGAUUUCCGUACGACUGACUUGAAAAAAAACCCACAAGCACGACCCCGGCCAGAUGUGGCGUGACUGGACUCGCCGGGAUCUGGUCGGUGUUGUCGCUGUAGCGGACGUAGACAGAGUGUUGUAGGACGUAGACGACGACGGCUGCCGCGGUUGCGCGGCGGAUGUUGCUUCAGGCUCGGAAAGGGACGUGGACGACCAAUGUACAAGCGCACACACACACACACACACACACACACAUAUGCACACAACAUACAGAGGCAAGCACACGCACACUGUAGACCAAUCAUCUUUUACUUUCUUCUUCAAGGCUUGAGUCACUUUUUUUACUUCUGAGUUUUUAAACGUUAUUAUUAUUAUUAUUAUUAUUAUUGUGAGUGUGGAAUCCACUUUGAUUCUGAUGAUGAUGAGGAUGAGGAUGAUGAUGAUAGACUGAUGAAGUUGUUUGGUGUUUAUUUAUCAUGAGUUGGUCCCAUGUUUAAACUGAUAUUCGAUGGGUACAUUCAGGUGACCGGAGCGACGAUAAGACGACGAUGGGAGAUAGAAAUCGUUUAUUUUUAUUUCUUUUUUUUUUUAAACCCAAUGCUGCUUUUAUUAAUAUUAUUCUUAUUAUUGUUGUCUCUAUUAUUAAUGGUGUUGCAUUAAUGUCCUAUCUCCAUUUGUUGGACAGACGAGUGAGUCAUUCAGAGGAGUCGUUGUAGAAUGUACGAACAGACAGGAUGUGAAAUGUGAAUAAAAGCCCAGUGA